AUGAAGCUCGCUCCAAGCUUGGUAGCUGUGGCUACAGCACUCCACAGCGCCAUCGCUGGAGCUGCUUCAGCGACUAGAGAGAGCAAUGACCAGCUUUCUGUCCGUCAAAUAGCCAUCAUAGGUGCGGGUGCCGCCGGAGCAUCAACUUCGUUCCAUCUACGGCAGUUUGCUCGUGAACGUGGGAUACCGAUCAACAUCACAGUAUUUGAAAAGACUGAACGCAUUGGUGGCCGGACUCUCACGGUCGAUGUGUACGAGGACCAGGCUCAGCCAGCCGAGCUGGGGGCGUCCAUCUUCAUCAAACUCAACCACAUUCUCUGGAAUGCAACCGAAAGGUUCAAUCUACCUCUCCGAGAGCCUGAGCUCGGCGGGGAUGGCAUACUGGCUAUCUGGGACGGUGACAAGUUCGUGUAUCAGCAGGAUGAGGACUCCUGGUACUGGUGGAAUAUCGCCAAGCUGUUCUGGAAAUACGGGACGUCUCCGUAUCGGACGCAAAAGCUGAUGCAGAGCGUCAUUGACAAGUUCUUGAAACUCUACGAGGAGCCAUACUUCCCAUUCCCUUCACUGUCGCUCCGUGCCCAGGAGCUGGAGCUUACUCACAUCACGGGGCAGACAGGCACACAGUUUCUGUCGCAGAACAAGGUCAGUUAUUCUUGCACCUUUGAUGAACAUCUCACUCACGAGACCAGAUCUCGGAGCUGUUCUCUCACGACAUCAUUCAAGCAAGCACCAGGGUCAAUUAUGCCUCCAACCUGGCUCACAUUCACGGGCUUGAGACAAUGUGAGCAGGUAUCCAUGGCUCCCGAAGGCGCCUCGCAGGUCGCCGGGGGCAAUUGGCAGAUAUUCAGUCAUAUGGUCGCUGAAAGCGGCGCUCGCAUCCUUCCAAAUAUCUCGGUAUUGGGCAUUGAGCUAGCCAAGGAUGACCAAACUGGAAAAUACCAUCUCAAAACUGCACCUACAGACUCAGUCUCCACUCCAGACUUCGAAGACACGUCCGUCUUCGACAAUGUUGUCAUCGCUACCCCUUUCCAGUUCAGUGGUAUCAAGACCGGCGAAGGGGUAUUGACGGAUGCAAUCGACGAGAUUCCAUACAUCAAGCUACAUGUCACUUUGUUCACAUCACCAUUCCGCCUCAGUGCGGCCUUCUUCAACCUCGAUGCCGGAAGCCAGGUGCCUACUUCAGUCCUCACAACUCUCAGCAGCGACGACAGUCCCGAUUCGGGCACCCAAGGGGCCGGCAAGGCCGGAUUCUACUCGAUCAGCACGCUGAAAACCGUUGUGCACCCAAGUACGGGAAAGAAGGAAUUCCUGUACAAGAUCUUCUCGCCUGAAAAGGUCACUGCCGAGUUCCUGAGUGCCUUGCUCGGGGUCGAAGUGGACGAGCCCUUCACGGAGAACGUUUCAAGUGAGGGCCCCGACUCUGUAAAGCCGAUCUCGUGGUACUACCCACACGUCUUCUACUCAUACCCCAAGGAGCUGCCUCGAGUGACGUUCCAGGACCCCGUGCUGGGCCCAGGUUUGUACUACACAUCCGGCAUUGAGAGCUUCAUCUCUACCAUGGAGACCAGUGCCUUGAUGGGCAUGAAUGUGGCCAGGCUGAUCGUGGAUGAUGCAAGUGCGACAAAGAAGAAGGGCGAGGGCCAGAAAAUCCCCCAUGCACAGGCCGAAGGAGCGCAAAGGGUUGUCUUGAAGGGCUACAUGACCAGGCCGACAGUUGACCCUUACAUUGUAGAGGAGUUGUGA